AUGGCAAAUUCUGGAAAGAUAAAUUUGUAUAAACUCAAGUAUAGAAUUGUAUAUUGCUCUGGCGAGGAUCCUGAGUAUCCAGUGACUGAACUUUUAGACAACUCACCUUAGAGUAGGGGCUGGUAGAGUCCGAAGUUCUGCGAGUAUCCUUAGGAAAUAAUAAUUCAAUUUACUAAUAUUGUCAGACUCAAGCAGAUUCAGUUCUUAUCGCAUCAAUCUAAAAUUUCCCAGAAGAUAGAGCUACACACAUAUGUCCCAACUGGAACUCAAGCAUUGAGUACCUAAAUUCCUCUGAAUAUGAUCAAAUUUACUAAGCUUGGAUAUUUAAGUCUAGAUUCUAAUGAAAGAUCUCAGUUCUAGGCAAGAGAGCUCAAGAGUGUGUAUGUAGACUCAGUUACUCUUCUGUUAAAGCUUGUCUUUCACAAGUGCUUCGUCAACAAAUAUAAUCUUUACAAUCAGGUCGGUUUAAUUGCAGUAAACUGUAUGGGGGAAAUGCAUGGAGCUGUAAUGCACGGUUCUCCAGGUUCAAAUGCCUAAAACAGAUUAUCCUUAGUGAAUUAAAGCAUGCAAGGGCCUGUCACAAACAUUGAGGAAGAAUUAAGUCUAGACAAAAAUACUCUUGAAACAUUGAAAGCAUUAUAUGCUGCCAAAGAAAGAGCAGUACAAAUGGACGAUUUUGAUGAAGCUAAAAGGAUAAGAGACACUAUUGAAAGGCUAAAGACAGUUUCUACUUAAAUUUCAUAACUAGAAGAAAGAAAGUUAUUGGCUAUUAAGAGUGAAGACUAUGAUGCUGCAAAAAUUAUAAAGGUUGAGAUUGAAAAACUAAAAAGCGCAGUAAUGUAUCCUCAUUUUUAAGCACCCCAAUUUCCACCAUAAUACUAUGGACAAGGUGCGCCAGUCACUGGUAACACAAAUUUUACUUCAUUCGGACUUGGAAAUAUGAUGGGUGGCACUGAUACUCUUCAAAAUAUGGCUCUACCAAUGGGAAUGUAGCAAUAAUAAUUGCCACCACUAAAUAAUGCUAAUCCGUAUGGCAGAGGAAACUUUGAUUAAUAUGAAGAGAAGAAGGGUGAUGAAAUUGGAUUUGAUGGAAGCUAGGAAUUUGGAAGAAAUCAUCAUAUGAAUGCUAGUGGUUUUCAUCAUGAUGAGGAAAUUAAGAUUCAAGAUUUGCAAUUAAGCAAGCAGGAUGCAGGUAGGCAGAGUUUGCUUCCUGACAUAAAAGAAGUACCAAUCAGACCCUCUGUUGCUUAUGAUGAUUAAGUAAUCCCAACUUUGAGUAAAGGCCCUGGUAAAAAGGGAGGAUUAGAUGAAGGAAACGGAGAAGGAGGUCAAGAGGGAGAAGAAGGUAAAGUUGAAGAAAUUUCUCCUGAAAAUAUGAAAUAUGCUGAAGCACUGAUACCAAUAUUUGGAGAUGCAACUGUCAAAAAAAUGUUUUCUAGACCUUGGGCCUUAAGAGAUGAAGGUUUAAAAGAAUGUGAGGAGCAUAUAAAAAAGAACAAUAGUGAAUCUCCAGUGUUUCAAGCAGCACUGAGUGCUGCAGGCUAGGCAAUGGGAGACAAAAUUGCUCAAAUUAUUCAAAGAGGUAUGUCACUGCUGCAAACAACUUUAAAAUGCUGUAAUACCUAAAUGGACCCAGGUAACUCAUCUGCAAUGGUCUUUAAUCAACUAUUCGUCAGAUUAGGAGACAAUAAUGCUAGAGUAAGAGAAAAAGCUGAAGAACUUUUAUUGAUGAUGGCAGGACACAAAUCAUUUGGGGCCUAGACUGUAUGCUCCCAAAUUAUGAAAGGCUAAGUGAAAAAAUCAGCAGCUUUUUCAAUAAAGCACAUAUAAGGCAGACUUUAACUCUUACAUAAAGUUCUUGAAAAAUAUCCAGUAAAUAAACACAACAUAAACUAUCAAUAAUGCCUUGAAUAUGCCAUUCAUGGAUUUUAACAUCAAAGUGGAGAAAUCAGAAAUCAGGCAUACCAUGUUAUUCUUGAAAUUUAUAGAUCUAUCGGUGCUAAUAUUAGAAAAUCUCUAACUGGACUUAGACCAGCUUAACUUGAGCUGCUUGAGACUGGCUUUGCUGAAAUUGAUGGUGUUGAUCCUGCUACUCUAAAAAUUAAAGGAUCACCUUAAAGAGAAUCUAUCCAAGGUAAUCCUAAGACAGCUGCUCUGAGUAAACCUACAUCACAAUAGAAGAAGUCAAGAUUGGCAGGUAAAGAUGAUUUAACUAAAAAGUGUCAAUUUUGUGGUAAAAAUGACUCAGCUUUCGCCCAGAGUGAAAAUAUUGACAUGCAUUAUUGGAGAGAGUGCAUCAUGCUUACUGAAUGCACAUUUUGCAGUCAGGUCAUCGAAAUAUCAACUUAUAAUCAGCAUCUGUUGAAUGAAUGUGAUAAGGCCAAGGACUUUAAGUAAUGUGGCAGAUGCAAGGAGAGCGUAAAUGUAGCUGAAUACGAGUAGCAUGUAGCUGAUAAGUCCUGUCUCAUUAAUAAACCUCUCAAAGCCGCUAAUAGAUGCCCUCUUUGCCAUUAAGAUAUUAAGCCUGGUGAAUCAGGUUGGAAAAAGCAUCUCACAGACGAGGGUUGCCCCAAAAAUCCAAGAAAAAAGUGA